CAGGACCCUGCAUUCACUAUAUCCCGUCUCCCCGGACCCUGCAUUCACUAUAUCCUGUCCCCCCGGACCCCGCAUUCACUAUAUCCCGUCCCCCCGGACCCCGCAUUCACUAUAUCCCGUCCCCCCAGACCCCGCAUUCACUAUAUCCCGUCCCCCCGGACCCCGCAUUCACUAUAUCCUGUCCCCCCCGGACCCCGCAUUCACUAUAUCCCGUCUCCCCGGACCCCGCAUUCACUAUAUCUGGUCUCCCCCGGACUCCGCAUUCACUAUAUCUGGUCUCCCACAAACUCUGCAUUCCCUAUAGCCGGUCUCCCCGGACCCCGCAUUCACUAUAUUUGGUCUCCCCGGACCCCGCAUUCACUAUAUUUGGUCUCCCUGGACCCAGCAUUCACUAUAGCCGGUCUCCCCGGACCCCGCAUUCACUAUAGCCGGUCUCCCCGGACCCCGCAUUCACUAUAGCCGGUCUCCCCGGACCCCGCAUUCACUAUAUCUGGUCUCCCAGGACCCCGCAUUCACUAUAGCCGGUCUCCCCCGGGCCCCGCAUUCCCUAGAGCCGGUCUCCCCGGGCCCCGCAUUCCCUAGAGCCGGUCUCCCCGGGCCCCGCAUUCCCUAGAGCCGGUCUCCCCGGGCCCCGCAUUCCCUAGAGCCGGUCUCCCCGGGCCCCGCAUUCCCUAGAGCC